GAAAGUAAAAAUGCUUUUCAAUCGAUUAAAUGCAAAACUCUUCUCAUUCACGGCGAAAAGGAUAAAAUGUGUGAAUCGCCACAAAUCGACAAAUUAAAGCAAACCAUAGAUCAGUUGAUUGUCUAUAAGAUUCCAAACGGUGACCACAAUUGCCACCAGAAAUAUGCAGACAUUUUCAAAGAAGUUGUCGAAGACUUUCUCAUGGAUUGCUAUAAAGAGGAAGAAGUGAUUGACGAGAUCGAGUUGAACAAGAUUUAUUAAAACACUCAAAUGUGAGC